AGCAGAAACAGGUCUACAUUGUCAAGAAGAGGAAAUGGGUAUAAUUGAAUGUUAGUUAAGAAAUUGAAGGAAGAAAAAUGGCAUCAGUUGAAGGUGUGGAUCAAGACCUGCAGACAUGGAAUGGAUCUGGAUCCGGAUCCGGAUCCGAUGGUCGAGAAGAAAAGAUACUUGUAUCAGUUAGAUUGAGGCCUCUUAAUGACAAAGAAAUUCAAAGCAAUGACUUUUCUGAUUGGGAAACCAUCAAUCACACCACCAUUUUGUUCAAGAAUUGCCUUGCCGAACGAUCCGUGUAUCCUAAUGCCUAUACUUUUGACAGGGUAUUUGGAAAUGAUGAUUCUACAAGAAAGGUUUAUGAGGAAUCUGCCAAAGAAAUAGCACUUUCUGUCCUUAAUGGCAUAAAUUCAAGCAUUUUUGCAUAUGGGCAAACAAGCAGUGGAAAGACGUUCACUAUGUGCGGAAUCACUCAACAUGCUGUAGCUGACAUAUACGAUUACAUCGAGCAGCAUAUGGAUCGUGAAUUUGUCUUGAAGUUUUCGGCAAUUGAAAUCUAUAAUGAACACGUUAGGGACCUUCUCGUCGAAGAGACUACCCCUCUUCGACUUCUAGAUGAUCCCGAGAGAGGAACAGUUGUUGAGAAACUAACUGAGGAAACACUCAAAGAUAAGAGCCAUCUUCUUGAGCUUAUUGCUGUUUGUGAAGCUCAAAGGCAGACAGGCGAGACUUCUCUCAACGAGACAAGCUCGAGAUCUCAUCAAAUUCUCAGACUAACGAUUGAAAGCUCUGCUCGUAAGUUCGGUGGUGGGAAUUCGAGCAUGCUUUCAGCAAAUGUGAACUUUGUGGACCUUGCAGGAAGUGAACGUACGUCUCAGACGUUAGCAACUGGUGCAAGAUUGAAAGAAGGUUCGCACAUUAACCGGAGCUUGCUAACUCUCGGAAAAGUGAUACGCACGUUAAGCAAAGGAAGGAAUGGGCACAUACCUUAUCGAGACUCCAAGCUAACGCGUAUACUUCAAAACUCUCUCGGAGGAAAUGCAAGGACGGCCAUUAUAUGUACAAUGAGCCCUGCUCAUAGUCAUCUAGAACAAUCCAGAAACACCCUCUUAUUUGCAAGCUGUGCAAAAGAAGUUUCUACUAAUGCAAAGGUGAAUGUGGUGAUGUCCGAUAAAGCGUUAGUGAAGCAACUAAGGAAAGAAUUGGCGAAAUUAGAGAGCGAUUUGCAGAAUUUUUCGUCGAUUCCUUCUAAAGGUGAUGUUGCAGCUGCUCUUAGAGAAAAAGAACUCCAAAUCGAAAAGAUGGACAAAGAAAUAAAAGAACUAAGUCGACAGCGUGAUCUCGCACAAUCGAAGGUAGAAGAGCUGCUACAAUCAACAAGGAAAGAGCAGGUAUUUGAGCCACGAGUGAAUGAGUUCAGCCACCUAAAAUCAGAAUCGCAGGAUAAAAUAUCGUGGCUCGAUGAUCCAUCAGAAACAUCUGACACAUCAGAUUACCAACGCUUGGAGGCUGACCUGGCAACGUCAGAUUACCAGCGCAUGGAUGCUGACUUGGCAACAUCAGAUUACCAGCGCUUGGAUGCUGACCUUGCAACAUCAGAAUCCUUUCAGUAUCUUGACGAUCAGGGUACUUUUGACCUUAGCUCUCAACGAUCAGAUCUUCUCGAAGAUAUUGAUCAAAACCUAUUUCAAAAUGACUCGUUUUCGAAAGGACUGGGGGGUACUACACCGGAUUUUACAAUUGAUGAUGCAUCACUUGGUUCGGAGAAAAUGGCCAACACUGCCAACAAUAUCAGAAGGAAAAUCGACGAAAAGAGCGAAGAAACUUGCAAGCAAGUCCGUUGGGUUGAAGUUGAAGAAAAGUGUAUCAACAAAAGUGAUACACCAAAUGCUACUAAAUUUUUCUCUCGGGAGAAAGAGAUUCAACGGGAAAAGGAAAAGGAAGAGAAAAAGGAAAGUGAAAGUGAAAAAGAUAAACCUAAAAGAGAGCGUGCUGUAUCAACUGAAGAAAUCAAUAAUAUAGAUGAGAAGCAAACGGAAAAGGAAAGUGAAAGUGAAAAAGAUAAACUUAAAAGAGAGCGUGCUGUAUCAACUGAAAAAAUCAAUAGUAUAGAUGAGAAGCAAACGGAAAAGGAAAGUGAAAGUGAAAAAGAUAAACCUAAAAAAGAGCAUGUUGUAUCAACACAAGAAACCAAUAGUAUAGAAGAGAAACAAACGGAAAAAGAAAGCGAUAGAAUUAGCGGAGAAAAGAAGGAAGAGACGAAGACCCAUGAAUGUGAUAUUGCGGACCAUGACACAUUGGUGCAAAGAAUCAAGGAAUUGCAAAGGACUAUUGACAUGCUUGUUAACCGGAAUCCCUCAGGGUUCCACUCCCCGUGUUCUACUGACUCAGAGAUGUCGAGUAACAGAGCAUCAAGCUUCAGCAGAAGCAGGAGUUGCAAGGCAAUUCUAACGUCAACUCCCACUUCAGAUAUCACUUAUGACAGGUCAGUGCUCCAUUCCCGAGAUCUGUCAUUUAACGGAUUCGACAGAGAGAUUAGCUCAGAAAGGCCUAAGGGCUUGCCUCGGAUUUUGGAUCAUCAUGGGUCUUUUAACACGGGAAAGCAAUCGAAAAUUGGCGUUCCUAUGACAUCCAUCAGGACUGCAAUACUGCAUGAGAUGAUCAAGGAUGUUAAGAAUUCAGAUGCUAGUUAUGGUUCUAGCUUUUACAAUUCUAUUCUAGGAUCAAAUCGAGAUAUCAAAUAUGAAUCCAACAAGCAAACAGGCUAUGAAAUGGACAGUGGCACAGUCGAUGAGGAGAAUGAAUCGAAGGAAAGCGAGUCAAGUGGAGAUGCACAAGAUGUUGGUUCACAUAUGAUGCGGGUGAGAGAUUGCAUGUCCGAGGGAACAAUAACCGGUGUGCAAUCCCCGUUAAAUUGGUAUGACGAAUUCGAGAGUCAGAGCAUCAAGAUAAUUGAACUCUGGCAUGAAUGCCUUAUACCAUUAAUUCACCGAACCUAUUUCUACUUACUGUUUAAAGGCGAUCCGUCUGACAAGAUCUACAUAGAGGUCGAGCUACGCAGGCUGUCUUUCAUCAAAAACAGAUUUGAUCAAGGUCUCAAGAUUGUCAUGGAUGGUCAAGUUUUUACCCCAUCUUCAAGCAUAAGGGCAUUGAAUCAAGAACGAGGGAUGCUAGUGAAGCAAAUGUACAAGAAGAUCCCCGAACAGGAAAGAGAGGGGAUGUUUAAAAAGUGGGGAAUAGCAAUAAACAGCAAGCAGAGAAGACUGCAAUUAGUUCGACUCCUUUGGACAGACACGAAAGACAUGCAACACAUCCGAGAAAGUGCAGACCUUGUUGCUAAGCUUGUUGGUUUUGUAGAUGAAGGUCAAGUUCCCAAGGAGAUGUUCGUUGGUCCAAGUGUUUUUCCUAAAUCGUUUAGUCGAAGAUCUUAUAGCUGGAAAUCAAACAUGUCUAUAGCUUUCUAA